AUGGCUUAUAUGAUGGGGGAGAAAAAGAGACUGGAUGAUAAUGGAUCUAGCUUAUACCGACAUCAAAGACAGUGCCAUUCCCUUGUAGGUUUUUUGUAUCCAGUAGUCACUCACUGGGCAUGGGAUUCAAAUGGCUGGCUGUUUGUUUGUGUCGAUUAUAUUAAAGACAGUGUGACCAUUAAUGUUACAUACCAGGAUUUUGCAGAUAGCGGGGCUCUUCAUUGCGUUGGUGGUGCAGUCGCCUUAGUCGGAGCAGCCACUGUAGGUCCAAGAAUUGGAAAAUUUGUUAAUGGUUCCCCUCAGACGAUUUCAGGCCAUACUGUCCCGACAGCAGCCUUGGGAGGAUUCAUUCUGUUCUUUGGUUUCCUGGCAUUCAACGGAGGUUCCCAGGGGUCCAUUUCCAAUCCGGGCGAUGGAGACACUGUGGCCCUGGUCAUUACGAACACUGUCAUUGGAGGAGCCGCGGGUGCAUUGACUGCCAUGUUAAUCAAGCGCUUGGGAUAUGCGGAGAAAUACUGGAGCUUGCUUUUUACCAUUAAUGGUGGACUCACUGGAAUGGUGUCCCUGUGCUCAGGCUGUAAUGUCUUCCAUCCUUAUGCUUCCUUCGUUAUUGGAAUCGUUGGAGGCAUGACGUACGUUGCUUGGAGUACUCUCAUGUUGCGUUUAAGGGUUGAUGACCCCCUGGAUGCUGUGGCUGUUCAUCUCGGUGGUGGUAUCUGGGGAGUGCUGGCGGCUCCAAUAUUCAACAAGGAUACUGGAAUCUUUUAUGCUGCCGACGAACAUUCAUUCCGUUUGUUUGGGUGGAACCUGCUGGGGCUGCUUGCUAUCAAUGCCUGGUCCGUUUUACUCUCUUUCAUUUUUUUCUUCCCUUUGCGCCUCUUUAAAAUGCUCCGCGUCAGCGAAGAAAUAGAGUUGAAAGGUGAGUAGCCUGCUAACCAGGUUUGUGUUCCACAGCCAUCACGAAUCCAGUUUCCAGUCCUCGCCUUUUCUUUUUAUUUAAAGUGCACCUAAC